AUGGCGGCGGCGGGCGGAGGUGGCGGCAUGAAGCUGCUGUGGCGUCCGCUCGCCGCCCUGGCGCAGGCGGCCUGCAGUGUGACCGGCGGGCAGCGCGCGGCGUCGGUGCGGGCCGAGGACCUGGCGGAGCGGCUGCGGGCGCGGAAGAGCGAGCGGCAGCAGCAGCAGCGCGCCAUGCUGGGCGGCGCGGCGGCGCCGCCGCUCCGCCUCUGCCACCGCCUCGACAAGGAGACCACGGGCGCCAUGGUGCUGGCGCGCGGCGCCGAGGCGGCCGCCCGCCUGCGCCAGCUCUUCCAGACGCGCCAGGUGCACAAGGUUUACUGGGCCAUCGCCGUGGGGCAGCCGGAGCCGCCGGAGGGGCUGGUGGACAUCCCCGUGGUGGAGCGGGCAGUGCGGGGCGGGCAGGCGCACUUCAAGAGGACGCUGGCRCCCAACUACCGCCUGGAGGGCGACAGGGAGGUGAAGACGCGGCGGGCGCGCGGCGCCGCCUGCGCCGUGACGCGCUACCGCGUGCUGGCCGCCGCCUCGGGCUGCUCGCUGCUGGAGCUGCAGCCCGUCACGGGGGUGAAGCACCAGCUCCGCGUGCACCUGGCCUACGGCCUGGGCUGCCCCGUGCUCGGCGACCACAAGUACUCGCACUGGCGCAAGCUGGCGCCGCAGAAGCUGCCCGAGGCCGCCCUGACGCGGCUGCGGCUGCGGCAAGCGCAGGCGCGCCACGUGCCGCUGCACCUGCACGCGCGGUGCCUGGCGCUGCCGCGGCGCCCCGGCGCCGAGCCGCUGCAGCUGCGCUGCCCGCCGCCCGCCUUCUUCCUCAGCACCAUGCGCCGGCUGCGGCUGGAGCCCGCGGAUCCCGGAGCCUGA